AUGCUCCCCGCCUCGGCGGCCCCCCCCCGCUUACCCCGCCUACUGCCUAAGGAAAUCUCUCUGCCUCCGCCGGUGCCGCCUUACGCUACUGCACGGCCCAGUCACUCGCCCGCUUUUUCACUGGGGGGCGCCCACUGCUCUGCAAGGCCCCGCCUACUCCAGCUAGCCCCACCUCGCCGCGUCAGCCCCGCCUCCCGCCUGCCCACCGAGGGGUUCUUCGGGCGCCUCCGGGCCCCGCCUCCUCCGCUCGCCCUCUCCAAGCGCCCGCCCCUGAGGAGCACGACCUGGGCCAGCUCGGCCCCGCCUUCCCGCCAGCGCUGUGAGGGAGUCGGCCCGCGGCCCACCCCGCGCGCCCCACCUCGCCUCGGCCUCCUCGGCUCCAGUCCCCUGGUGCGGGAGGCGUCCUGCAGGCCGGCUCGAGAUUCCCCAGCUCGCCCUCGUGGGGCCUCAAGAACACUGUACUUCGAGUUAGGCCGGCCUGUCCUGAGAGCCCGCGGGAGGCGAAGGGAGCGCACCGUUGCUGUGGGAAGCGCCGGGACGCCGCAGCCUCACCGCCGGACGCUGCGCGAGGGUUUCGUGUGUCCUUGAGGAAUCGCCACACUGUCUUCCAC